AUGCGCCUCCUAACCGUCCUUGAACUCAUCCUCUGUUGGGUAUGGCUCUCGAAAGCCGGAACUAUCGAGAAGCGCCGUCACGAACCCGAACGCAACGCUGUCGCUCGACAAGCCGCCCAGCAGAGGCUGAUAACAGAUGCAAGAGAUGGAAAUUCAACUGGGACAUGGAGAUCGAGUCUGGCACCUGUCCUUGGGGACAUGCUGAGCGCGUUAGAAGUCAUGCAAGAUGCAUAUUUUGACAUAUUCACUGGUACCUGGCCAAACGCCAUCGACUGGACGUCAGCCGUCAUCGGCACCCAUGUUUCUGCUACUCUGGCCAGCAUUGUUUCUUCCCUCGACGCCUCCUCCGCAUCCACCUGCCACGAUAUGCUGUCAUGGCAAAACAUCAUCGAUCGAUAUUUCGCCCAUACCUCUGCCUUCUAUUUCGGCGAAAAUGCCUUCUCUUUACGGAAUCAAGCGUAUGACGACAUGCUUUGGGUUGUUCUCGGCUGGCUCGAGAAUCUGAAAUUUGCCGAGAUGUACUCGUUGAAGCAUUGGGAUUUCCUCGAGUCUGGAAGACAACCUGGGUCGGGAGACGGAUGGCACGGGCUGCAAAUCAUCCCCAUGGCCGCCCACCGCGCACGCAUCUUCUAUGAUUUGGCGUCGGUGGGUUGGGACGAAUCCCUUUGCGGCGGAGGCAUGAAUUGGAAUCCUUAUCUGACCCCUUAUAAAAAUGCAAUCACCAACGAAUUGUUUGCUGCCGCCAGCAUUGGGAUGUAUCUGUAUUUUCCGGGUGACAACAAUACCUCGCCAUAUAUGACCCAAAAUUCGAGAGGGUCGGUGAAACCCCAUGAUCCAAUAUUUUUGGAAAAUGCGGUCAAAAGUUACAAAUGGUUGUUGGAGAGUCAUAUGGCCGACUCAAAGUCGGGAUUGUAUCAGGAUGGGUUCCACAUCACCGGCUGGCGGCGAUAUCCUAACGGGACUAUCAACCCCGGCACUGGGAACUGUGACGAACUCAAUCCGAUGGUAUUUACUUACAACCAAGGCGUUGUGUUAUCUGCGAGCCGUGGCCUUUGGCUAGCGACUGGGGCCAGAAGCUACCUCGAUGACGGCCACAACCUGGUCCAGGAUGUCAUACGAGCGACGGGUUGGCCCAACUCGGAUGCUUCGUGGAGAGGCAUGGGGCGCGGCGGAAUCAUGGAGGAGGUUUGUGACCAUGGCGGCUAUUGCAGUCAAAAUGGGCAGACCUUCAAAGGCAUCUUCUUCCAUCAUCUCCUCGAAUUCUGUCGGCCUCUUUGGCCCCAAGAGGAAGCAUUCCUCGCCACCGACAGAGGCAUGGAGUUUGACCGCAGUGACUACGACUACCAUCUCUCACGUUGCGCUGCGUACGACAAGUGGGUCACCCAUAAUGCGGAGGCUGCAGUAGCAACCAAGGAUCCUAGUGGACGUUUUGGCAUGUGGUGGACAUUUGGAGAUUUGGACAAUGACGCGAUAACACAGAUCCGUGAUACGACUGUUCUACCGGAUGGUGCUGAUGACUAUAUCAACCCCACGCCUAACAGUUGGCUUCCUGUGGCCGCCGCGUCUGGUGACUGCAAUGAUCGCGGACGCGGACGAACCGUGGAGACUCAGAGCGGAGGACUGGCGGUCUUGCGGGCACGAUGGCAUUGGGAAGUCCACCUAAGGCCGAUAUCCUCUGACAAGGAGUCGAGCCAAGCAGAUAUAUAG